UUGUGAUUUACUGGAGGAUUAUUGCAUGAACACAACCCCCCCUGUCGCAGAAGCAGUGUCGUCACUCCCACGCGUCAUUAAAACGUGACGCCGGUUGUGCUCGGCGUUGAGUGUGUCGCGCGCUGCUCGUCUAUCAUGGCACCUUCACCGACUAAACGCAGGGAGCGUUCUGAGGACAAACCCAAAGAGCGAGGGAAGGAGAAGGUGGUGGGUAAAGAGGGCGCAGAGAAAGAGAGAGGCAGAGACAAGAUCCGGAAGCGACGCAGUAACUCCACCGGGAGCAGCAGCAGCAGAUCCAGUUCUAGCUCCAGCAGUAGUUCUGGUUCCAGUUCGGGCUCAUCCAGCGGGUCCAGUUCCUCCUCUGGUUCCAGCCACUCUGGUUCCUCCAGUUCCUCUCGUUCUUCAAGCUCAUCCAGGUCUUCUGGGUCUCCCAGCCCGAGCCGCCGUCGCCAUGACAACCGGCGACGCUCUCGAUCAAAGUCAAAAUCACAAAAACGUACUGAUGAGAAAGAGAGGAAGAGGAGGAGCCCUAGCCCCAAACCUACUAAACUUCAUCUGGGAAGACUCACCAGAAAUGUAACCAAGGAACAUAUUCAAGAGAUCUUUUCGACUUACGGAAAGAUCAAAAUGAUUGACAUGCCCCCAGAUCGUUUGCACCCUAAUUUGUCCAAGGGUUACGCUUAUGUGGAAUACGAGACUGCAGAGGAUGCCCAGAAGGCCCUUAAACACAUGGAUGGAGGUCAGAUUGACGGUCAGGAGAUUACAGCCACUGCUGUCCUGACUCAGAGGAUACGUCCUGCCCCCCGUAGACUGUCCCCUCCUCGCAGAAUGCCCCCUCCACCCCCCAUGUGGCGGCGAACGCCACCACGUAUGAGGAGAAGGUCUCGGUCUCCACGGCGACGCUCCCCAGUGAGAAGGCGUUCUCGCUCCAGGUCUCCAGGUCGCAGACGACAUCGUUCCCGCUCGAGUUCCAACUCGUCCCGUUAGAGACGCUCCGUUCUCGCAACAGAAAGCUUUAAAUUUAGCUUCUCUAUUUGUUUCUCUCUUCUCAUGUUCCUCCAUUGCUUCACAUUUUUGUUGGAAAUAACAAACAAAGUGUUUUAAAUGUUUAUUUCUUUCCCAAGUACCUCUGGAUUGUACGGUAUAACAUCUGUCAAGUUAGGAUGAACGUGCGUUUUGUUUGCCUCUGUGUUUGUAAAGUAACUGGGCUCAUGCUAGACGGUCCAUUUUACUGUGAUUCUUUUUGUAAUGUGCUUUUUUUAAAACUGCAGCUUUUUACUGGAUUUGUUUUGACAUUAAAGUACAUGACUGUUUCUUUCUCCAAACA